AUGGCGGCAGAUAAUUCAAAGGAUGAAGAUUCUUUCGAAGAAGACAAUCAUUCUAGUAAUGAUAACAACAAGAAUGAUUUAAAUUAUUAUAUUGAAAAUAUUAGUAAAUCUUUAAGGAUCGAUUCAACCGAUGGAUUAUCACAAGAUGUAAGAUUGCAAAUUGCAAUCAAAUUAUUAAAUGAAGCUUUAAAAUUUUAUCCCAAUACUUUUGACUUGAAGUUUUUAGCACAUAAAAUAUCAGUAAGAAAAAGUGAAAUGACUCAAGCUAUGGAGCAGCUUAAUGAAUUGUAA